GCAAAGGGAAGUUGUCUUGUUUUAGCAAAACAGCCCAGAUGGCCGCGCGCGUUCUGGUCUUGCCUUCCCCUACGUGCCUGUACGACGAUCCCGUUCAAGUGAAAAUCGAGGGUCUCUCCCCGCUGCAGGAGGUCACAGUCAGGGCCUCUUUGGUGGAUGAAAGUGGGGACCGUUUCCAGUCGUGUGCUUACUAUCGGGCUGAGCGUAACGGAGAAUUGGACCUCAGCUGCUCCGCCUCGCUGGGUGGGAGCUACCGUGGGGUCGAGCCCAUGGGCCUACUGUGGACUCUGCAAUCCGAAAGGCCCUAUAAAAGACUGGCUAAGAAAAACGUCCUCACCCCUUUCUAUGUCACCUACGAGGUGUACGACGGGCGUGGAGUCACUGGCUCGCUCCUCUGCAGUUGCCGCAGCGAGAGGCGCUUUCUGGCCGAGGGCGUGAAAAGAGAGGCCGUGCGGGAGGGCCGGCUCAGAGCCACGCUUUUCUCCCCGUCCGGCCCUGGACCAUUCCCAGCACUUAUUGACCUGUAUGGAUCUGCAGGUGGUCUUGUGGAGUACAGAGCAAGUCUUUUGGCAAGCAGAGGUUUUGUUACACUGGCUCUUGCUUUUUUAGCUUUUGAGGAUCUUCCAGCUUUCCCAGAGUUCAUUGACUUAGAUUAUUUUGGUGAAGCAAUAAAGUUCUUGCAGAAACAACAGAAGGUUAAAUUUAUGAGGAUUGGAGUCCUGGGAAUAUCUAAAGGUGCAGAUCUCGGCCUUGCUUUAGCUACAUUUUGGUCAGGCAUCCAAGCUGUUGUCAGCAUUUCUGGCUCAGGGGUAAAUUCUUUUAUCCCCCUGAAAGUGAAAGGACACACCAUUCCUCCUCAUCCUUUCGAUUUCGAGAAGAUCAAAUUUAUUGAUGAUACAAACCUACAGGAUUGUUCUGAAAUAAUGAACGAUCCCAAAGACCCAUCUACCUGGCCAUGCCGCAUCCCUGUUGAAAAGUCCUUAAGCAAGUUCCUCUUCAUAUCUGGACAGGAUGACCGAAACUGGAAAAGUCAGAUGUUCUGCCAAGAAGCUGUUAAUCGCCUUCAGCAGAGUGGACGUCAUGUGGAGUUCUAUUGCUAUCCUGGAGCUGGGCACCUUUUGGAGCCCCCUUAUAUGCCCUUAUGUUAUGCUUCAGCUCACAAGGUAUUUGGAGUUCUCAUAGUCUGGGGCGGAAACUGGAAAGAACAUGCACAGGCACAGGAAGAUGCCUGGCAAAGAAUAUUGGCCUUUUUCAGACAACACUUGCUGGAGCCAACUUUGAAAAGUAUCUUAUAGGGUGCAGUUUUGUACAUGUGUACAAGAAUGUAGUAUUGCCUGUUCCACUUGAGAUGUUCAUUGGUGACAGAGUUAAACCCAGAGUGAUGGUCUCUAGAAAGGUAUACUUCACUUUCAGGUAUACUACCAAGGCACAGCAGAUCUCAACAAGGCAAUUUGUGAAAACCCUUCCAGCUGGAGGGCCUUAAGCACCUUAUACAUGUAAUAUGAUAUUUAAUAAAUGCAUCUAUACCUCUCGCCA